UACAGUUUUAUCAGCAAUUUGAAGCGGUCUGUAGAAUAUUUGACUGAAAAAAAUACAUAAAUAAAAAAUAAAGUAGUUUACUUUAUCAAUUAAAUAUAUUUAAAACAAUGAUUUUUCAAAUAUUUAUAGUAUUUAGAGAUGUUAUGGUUUCAUUUUUUCAUUCUCGUUUUUAAAGACUAGAAAAAAAAAUAGAUUAUUCUAAAUUAAUUGAUUAUUGUGUUGACACAUUUUUAACAGUAAAAAAACAAAUCUGAAUAUAGCUUUGUUGAGAAAACAAGUCAAUGUUUAUCAAUCAACUUUUGUGCUUAUUUAAAUUUUAUUCACAUAAUUUAAUUGAAUAAUUUAUCCUGGGGUUUAUUCAUCUAACAUUAAUACAGAUAAUGUCAACUUAAUACAAAGUAAAUAUUUUCCAGAUAAUAUUUUAAUACUUUGGCUUCAGUACAGUAACAAUAUAAAAGCUAAGUUUACAACAACAUUAUUUCUUUUUCUCACGCUGUAAAAAUUGGUCUGCAUGCAUAAAAUGAUAAAUAUGCUGUAUGCAUAACAGUUAUAUAUCUGUUUGUUUAAAGGUGGGGUAAGUGAUUUCUGGUAGCCAAUUUUGACAUUUGAAAUCACCAAAACAAACACGCACCUACCCCAAAAGGGUCUCGCCCACUGAUCUAUAUAUAAUGUUCUCUAUUAUAGAUCAGUGGUCUCGCCCCUAUUUUGAUAGCUCCGCCCCACACAUACAUACGACAACGAUUAGUUCUUUGAAACAAAGCAAAACCAAUGUUACUCAAAGCAACCUCUGCAUCCGUUACUCCAAUGUUACUCCAAAAACAAAGCAACCUCUGCAUCCGAUCGCAGGCCUUCCCGCUCCUUGAGUUCUCUCCAGCGCUGGAAAGCUGAUCCGAUAUUUACACGGGUCCUACUUCUUGCCUUAUCGUAACACCGUGUUUAUACCGGACGCGAGCGGCGUGGUGCAGCGCAGCGUGACAAAAAAUACUAUAGAACUCAUUAUAAUCAGUGAUGCUGUCUACACUGGAUGGGACACGACAAAUCCCCGACAGUAAACUGCUGCUGUGUUCUAUUUAUGACGUAUUGACACAGAUUUCAAAUGAUUUUCAACGGUUGCUUUGUCGCAUCCAGUGUAGACAGGUCGCGUCCGGUGUAGACAUGGUGUAAGCCUUCUUUUGUUCCACAGACGUUUUCCUCUUUUUUUCUUAUUUUUUAUCCGCCAUCUCUAUCUUUCUGUCUUCGCUCGGCUAAUGUCCGUCAUGUGCACUAAUAAGCGCUCUCUCCUCGCAUCAUGAGUAGACAUGCCCCUUACUGCUGAUUGGCUACAAGUUUGUUUUGGUACUGGGCCUGACUCAGUUUUCUAAAGCGUUUUUGAAAAAAUGCAUAGCCCACCUUUAAUAUUGGAGGGUCCUUGGUAUAAAAAAGUCUGAAAACAGUUAGGUCAUGUAGGAUCCUAUACCAUUUGUUUUCUGUUUUGUUUUGGAAAUAGAGGUUGUAGAAUGUUGGGCAAGGUGUAUUAUUUGUUUUAUAAAAGCAAACAGAUUUUUUGAAUUUUUUUUUUUUUUUUAACCUGGCAGACCAUAAAAGGGGGAGAAAAAGCACACACUGAAGGAAGGUCUCCAAUUAUAAAUUACUUUUGAAUGCUGAAAUACCAUUAGCAUAGCAUAUUUUCUACAAGGCUUCAAGAGCUAACGGAAUGAUAGUUGGUUUUAAACAACCUUUUCCCCUGUCUCAUUUGUUGUUGAUUCUGAUGGAAAUUGAUGCAUAAUAGUGUGAAUCCAGCACGGUCACCUGUUGUAUUUGUACAUGCUAAUGUGUUUGUCUGGAGCAAAAGCUCUUUUCAUCUACAGGUCACAGCUCAACCACUGUUCAGCUCCAACACCGUGAACCGUGAAGAACGGCACAACACCAAAACCCAUCUGCAUUCUGUUGGUUAGAAAGCUAUUUCAUGCUUGCAGUUCUCUCCGCUGUGGGAGCUCCCUGUGUGUGUGUGUGUGUGUGUGUGUGUGUGCGCGCGUGAGGGAGGCACUAUGCAGUCGGAGCUCCACACACACAGAGCAUGCCUGUGAGUGCGGGCUCGGGCAAACAUGAGCCUUCCCAGCCCAGAGAUCGUCCACAGCAGCAGCCCGAACUCCCGUCUGAGCCCCCCUCUGCCCUCCCCCUCUCCUCUCUCCCUCUCUCGCUGCCUCUCUCUCUCCCUCUCCUCAUCUACUCUCGCCCUGCGCAGCCUCUUCCCCGCCACCUCUCCAGCACCAGCCGGGGGGACAUCUCCCGCUCUCCGCACGCCGACGUUUGCCGAGCGCCGGCCGGCCCCAUGGAGGAACCCCAGGGCAACACACUGGUCGUCCGCAUAGGCAUCCCUGACCUGCAGCAAACGAAAUGCAUGAAGUUUAAUGUGGAGUCGCCCAUCUGGUUGUCUAAACAACGAAUCCUCUGCACACUCAACCAGAGCCUGAAGGAUGUGCUAAACUACGGCCUCUUCCAGCCUGCGCACAACGGAAAAGCCGGGAAGUUCCUGGAUGAGCAGCGAACACUGAAAGAAUACCCACUUCCUGCCAUCUCUCCUGUCCCAUACCUAGAGUUUCGCUACAAGAGGCGAGUGUAUACACAGACACACCUGGAUGAAAAACAGCUGUUGAAGCUUCACACUAAGGCUAACUUGAAGAAGUUUAUGGAAUAUGUUCAGCAAAGGAACGUUGAGAAGGUAUCAAAGUUUCUGGAGAAAGGGCUCGACCCAAACUUCCACGACCCAGAGACCGGAGAAUGUCCAUUGACAAUGGCGUCGCAGCUGGAAGGUUGUGCAGAGCUCAUAAAGCUUCUGAAGAAUGGAGGAGCUCACCUGGAUUUUAGGACCAGAGACGGCAUAACUGCCCUUCACAAAGCAGUCCGCACCAAGAACCACACGGCACUUAUUACGCUGCUGGAUCUGGGUGCCUCUCCGGAUUACAAGGACAGCCGUGGCCUGACUCCUCUGUAUCACAGCUCUAUGGUGGGGGGCGACCCAUACUGCUGCGAGCUCCUGCUGCAUGAUCACGCUCAGGUGGGCUGCAUGGACGAGAACGGCUGGCAGGAGAUUCACCAGGCUUGUCGUCACGGACAUGUGCAGCAUCUGGAACACCUGUUGUUCUACGGAGCGGACAUGAGCGCUCAGAACGCUUCUGGAAACACUGCCCUGCACGUGUGUGCUCUCUAUAACCAGGAUAGCUGCGCGAGAGUGUUGCUGUUCAGAGGGGCGAAUAAGGAGAUUAAGAACUACAACAGCCAAACUGCCUUCCAGGUGGCUAUUAUAGCUGGAAACUUUGACCUGGCAGAAAUUAUAAAGACUCACAAAGCAUCAGAUGUUGUGCCUUUCAGGGAAACGCCUUCCUACGCAAAUCGCCGGCGCGUGACCGGAGGCGACACGCUGACAUCAUCACGCUCGCUGCCUCGCUCCGCCUCCGACAACAAUCUGAACAACGUGGCUGACAUAGGCCCCGCCCACUCACCCGUGCCGUCUCUGAGGAGCCUGCCCCCUCUGGCGCACACUGGGAUCGAUGCGGCGGCCGACGGCAGCCUGCAGAGCACGGGCAGCUCGCUCUCCUCGCACUCCCGCUCGCCCUCCCUCCAGCGCGUCAGCGAGGAGCCCGGCACGCAUGCAGUACGCCGACACGCGCCCCUCACGCACUCCCACAGCCGCGGACGCCUCAGCCCAGGGACGGUCCAGCGGGACCCCAGCCCUCCUCCCGUGGGGCCCUCGCACACACUCUCAGGAGCCCGGGGCCCCAAACGGAAACUCUACAGCGCCGUGCCGGGGCGCACCUUCAUCGUGGUCAAACCAUACACGCCGCAGGGAGAGGGAGAGAUCCAGCUGAACCGCGGCGAGAGGGUCAAAGACUACCACUCAAACGCAGUGGAAGUGUUAAGUAUAGGAGAAGGGGGUUUCUGGGAAGGGACAGUGAAAGGAAGAACCGGUUGGUUUCCUGCAGACUGUGUGGAGGAGGUACAGAUGAGACAGUUUGAUCCUCGACUUGAGACGAGAGAGGACCGAACCAAGAGGCUGUUCAGACAUUACACUGUGGGCUCCUACGACAACUUUACCUCAUAUAGUGAUUACAUCAUCGAGGAGAAGAACGCUGUGCUCCAGAAGAAAGAGAAUGAGGGAUUCGGCUUUGUCUUGCGGGGAGCUAAAGCGGAGACGCCCAUUGAAGAGUUUACACCCACACCUGCCUUUCCUGCACUGCAGUACCUGGAGUCUGUGGAUGUUGAGGGCGUGGCCUGGAGGGCGGGGCUAAGGACUGGUGACUUCCUGAUUGAGGUGAAUGGUGUAAACGUGGUAAAAGUGGGACACAAGCAGGUGGUGUCACUUAUACGGCAGGGUGGGAAUAACCUCCUGAUGAAGGUGGUGUCAGUCACACGCAAGCCAGAGUCUGAGGAGUCAGUCAGGAAGAAGGCGCCCCCGCCUCCAAAAAGAGCGCCCAGCACCACCCUCACCCUGAGGUCCAAAAGCAUGACCGCUGAGCUCGAAGAACUAGCCUCUGCGAGGAGGAGAAGAGGAGAAAGGCUAGAUGAGAUUUUGGCCUCUCAGGAGACAGUACUGAGGCCAAAGGUGGAAGCAGACUACAGAGCAGCAACGGUGAAGCAACGUCCUACUAGUCGCAGAAUUACACCAGCAGAAAUCAGUUCUCUUUUUGAGCGGCAAGGACUUGCUCUCCAUGGUGCUCUACACCCAGCGUUGGAAAAAGCCCACAUGCAGCUGCCGAAAAGCAUGGCUAGAACGAAGUCUUUUGGAGCAACGGAAGAGGAUCGACUGUCUGCCCUGGCAGCAGAGCACAGGUUUCCACGGAGCUCCUCCAUGACGGACAGCCUGAGAGACAGCCAUAGUAUUCCUCCACCUCCUCAAACGGCUCCCCCACCUCCCCCAUCGCUUUACUAUCUAGAUACUGGACCCCCUCCUUCGUUCUGCCCACCCCCUCCCCCUGGCCGCAUUCACGACCCCAGCCGUUCCAGUUUUAAACCAGGCUCUGAACCAAGACUGCACGCUUUGCCACAGACAAUGUCUGCUGAGCUGUUUGAGCCGCCUCGCCAUGCCUCCCACAUGGAUCGGCAGAAAAAAGCCCGCUCCAUGAUCAUCCUGCAGGACUCCUCCCACCUUCCCGUGGAGCCUACUGACAUCCCCAGGCCAGGUCCAGUUUCAACUCCGCCCGAAAGGAUCAAGCGGAAAGGUCGGGUCAUCGAUAACCCCUACGCCAAUGUGGGCCAGUUCAGUGUGGGCCUUUUCACGCCGCCUCCGAGCAAGCCACAGCGGAGGAAGAGCCCGCUUGUAAAGCAACUGCAGGUGGAAGAUGCUCAGGAGAGAGCCUCGCUAGCACUGGCAUCCAUCCAUGCGAGAGAGCACUCUCCCUCUGGGCGCCUAGUUGCCCACCAUACCAGCAGGGCUGAUUUCUAUCAGCAGCAGCAGCAGCUGUUGCAGGAACGCAGUCAAGCUCAGGCUGAGGGACUGUUGCAAGGAAAGGGACCUUUCGCUGCCGCCAUUGCUGAUGCUGUGAAAGACCGGGAACGUCGUCUGGAGGAGAGGCGGAAAUCCACAGUCUUCCUAUCAGUGGGCACUAUGGAGGGCAGUUCGCAACCACCCCCAGAGGCCCCCUCACUCACACCAUCCCGUUCUGUUGAUGAGCGAAUGCUCACACGUGAACUUGGUCAGUUGCCUCCUCCCGCCCUGGCGUUGCGGCCCUCUCCUGGGGGCACCACCUUCAUUCACCCACUGACGGGCAAGCCCCUGGACCCCAACUCUCCAUUGGCACUUGCGCUGGCCGCAAGGGAACGGGCAUUAACUUCCCAGAGUCAGUCCCCUUCAAGCAGCCCUGAGCCCAGAACUAAACAUGAAGCUGCUGGAGGGGUGCUGUAUAUGGAGACCCAGACCAAAGAGGCUGCGCGGUCGGAGGGUGAGGGGGAGUUUGCCUCACCUCCCUUUUCCCCUGCAACAAAAAGAAUUUACGAGACCUCCGCCCCCACCAGCAGAAUACAGUGGGGAAGUCCCAUAUCCACCAGGAAAGAGUUAGAAACAAGGACAGAAUCGAAGGAGGAAAGGAAAAUUGAGGACAAGAAGAGUAUGCUCAUCAGCAUCAUGGACACGUCUCAGCAGAAAACUGCUGGGCUUAUCAUGGUUCAUGCAACGAGUAAUGGGGAGGCCGUGGGGCCCAGCCCAGAACACGCUGUCCCCUCUCCCUCUCCUAAGGGGGCAUUGUCAGAGAGCCCGAAACCCAUGCUAGCCGAAAUUAAACGCGCCAAGUCCCCUGGUCCCGAUGCUCCUUCGAGAUCCACCCCGCCUCCAGCCACAGCUCCAACUUCCCAGCCACCUCCCAGCCCGUCCUCAGAUAAAACCCUGGCACAGGGUAGUUCUGAGGAGGAUGUGGAACCCUAUACGGUCACAUUGCCACCUGCCAUGCUCUCUUCCAGUGACGAGGAGACUCGUGAGGAGCUCCGCAAAAUCGGUGUGGUUCCUCCACCUAAUGAAUUUGCCAAUGGCCUUCUUGGAAAGACACCUGCAACUGCAGUACCUCCUGCUCCUACAUUGGCACAGACAACCUCUUCUGCCCUGUCCUCGGCUCCACCCCCACCUCCCGCUCCUCCAGCAGCGGUCGCCGCUGCAGCACAGGUCCCCGCUAGCAGUGGCCCGCAAGCAGCCUCAGGGAAGCCAUCUGAGUCCCACCUGGGCCCAGAGUCUGCUGCUGACUCCGGGGUGGAAGAGGUAGACACUCGUAGCUCCAGUGAUCACCACCUGGAGACCACGAGCACCAUCUCCACCGUCUCCAGUAUGUCCACACUGUCCUCGGAAAGCGGCGAGCCCACGGACACCUACACCACCCACGCAGAUGGCCAGACGUUCAUUCUUGAUAAGCCGCCAGUGCCUCCAAAGCCAAAGCUCAAGUCCCAGCUCAGCAAGGGCCCGGUGACGUUCAGGGACCCCCUGCUCAAGCAGUCAUCCGAUAGCGAACUGCUCUCACAGCAGCACGCGGCUGCGUUGGCUGCUGCUGCGGGAGCCUCAGGCCCGGCCAGACCCCGCUACCUCUUCCAGAGACGCUCCAAGUUGUGGGGGGACCCCGUGGAACCCCGUCCACUUUCAGGGGCAGAGGAAGGCAAGCCCACUGUGAUCAGCGAGCUCAGCUCUCGGCUGCAGCAGCUGAACAAGGACACGCGCUCACUCGGGGAAGAGCCGCUUGGAGCUUCACUUGACCCUGGAAGAAAAUCGCCCGUGGUCGGUGCAAGACUCUUCAGCAGUUUGGGGGAGCUCCAUACUAUCUCUCAGAGAGGAUACGGCACCACCUACACCAUCAGACCAGGCAGCCGCUACCCAAUGACCCGGCGGACGCCCAGUCCCGGUUCCCCGGACCGCUCGGAUCCUCUGGGACCCAUCCGGGGCUUCGGUCUGGCCACUUCUCCCAUCACACCCCCCACCAUCCUUAAGUCGUCUAGCCUCAGUCUCCCUCACGAACCUAAAGAAGUGCGUUUCGUCAUGAGGAGCUCCAGCGCGCGGAGUCGCUCUCCCUCGCCCGCCCCCUCCUCGGGCAUGCCCUCCCCCCUGCUCACCCUGCGGCCGUUCCACCAGAAGCCCCUCCACCUAUGGAACAAGUACGACGUUGGCGACUGGCUGGCCAGCAUUAACCUGUCUGAACACCGGGAGCGAUUCCAAGAGCAUGAGAUCGAGGGCUCCCAUCUGCCUGCUCUGACCAAGGAGGACUUCGCUGAGCUGGGCGUGACGCGCGUCGGUCACCGCAUGAACAUUGAGCGCGCCCUUAAACAGCUGCUGGAGAGUUGACCACGCGCCUCCCUCUACCUGUAGCUAGUCUCAACACAGUUUUCUUUUAUUUUUCUUAUUUAAUUUGCUUUUCUUGUCAUUUUUAUUGCAGUUCUUGAGAUUUAAAUCCAAAGUGUGUCAUUUCGAUGUUAAAAUAAUUGUCCUAUCCCACACUUUUGUAAAAAGCAAUCCCUGGUGUAGUAUUAAUAUGUACUAUUUAGGUACUAAUAGGUACAUUUUUGGUGCUAAUAUGUAAGGCAGAGAUGUUUAAUUUUCCUUUUGAUGGGCCACGUUUUUUCAGAGUUUAGCUCUCAGCAGUUUUAAUACACUUGCCUGGAAGUUUCUAGUGAUUCUGUAGACCUUGAUUAGCUGUUUCAGAUGUGUUUAACUGGAACUAGAGCUAAACUCUGCUGACAAGUGGCCCUCCAGGAGCAGGAUUGGACACCCCUGCUUUAAGGUACUGUUAUGAACCCUUUAGCGGUAGAAAUAAGUAGGGUUGCAAAGAGGCGGAAAUUUUUGGAAUGUUUACAGAAAUUUUCCACCCUUUGCAACCCUAUAAAUAAGGUACAAAGGAAGGGUACUGCACCAGUGACAGCUUUUUUUGGACGUUUUUUCCCAGGAAUGCAAUUUAAUAUUCCCUUAAAAACAUUGCUCUGUUUAUUUGAGCAUCCCAACCAAUCCGACGCACCAACAUUGGCAGUGUUUGUCCAACCAAUGACAGAUUGGAAAACAAUUUAAACAAUCAUUUUUGCAAUUGCCGCAGAAAUGACACACUUCAGUUUUAAAUAAUCUCACUAUUUCCUAAAUCCAUCAUUGGUGUAGUGGGUGUUGACUCCAUGCUGUUUUUUUGUAGCACUAUCCUAAGCCCCUCCCACUCUGCCAGCAGCCAAUCACAUAGCUGCUGUGUAUUUGGAAGGGGCUGUGAAAUUAGUGAUCGAAUUGGCUUUGUUCACACUGCACAAAAAUCUCAUUUAUUUUUGCUAAAUCAGAUCUGCUGAUAUCUGGUUUAUCCACAAUUGCGUUAUGGCAUCUUGUCAUGGUGCAUUAAAGUAUUUAAUGCAUUUUUGCAAAUACUUAAAAAUGCUCAUUGAUUCAACUCAUUUACUAUUCACUGGAUAGUUUGCUAUAUGGUGAAAAAGUGAAAGAAAAUUAGUGUAAAUCUCAUCCCAAAUUAGGAAAAACUACUUGAAAUCCAAUUCGACAGUUCACACUGCAUUUUAAUCUGAUUUCAAACCACUUACAGUAAUGUGGGUCAAAAAUCGUUUUUUUGUUUUUGUUUUUGUUUUUCCUAUCCAGACUACAAAACUCAUAUUUUUGCUGUCUGUCUAAACAAAGCCUAUUCAAAACAUCUCGUAAUUGAUUCUUCAGUUUCAUUAGCAUGAUAAACACCCACUCAUCCCUUGGUUUCAAAUCCAGUUUUUUUUUUACCGCUGUGUCAUUCAUUCAGAGAAAGGAGGGAUGCUGUUGAGAAAAGGAAGUUCAGUUGCCUUUCAGAGUAUUUUUUUAGGAGUGGAUGAGCAGAGUGGGCGUGGCCGGAUCCUCUCUGUCUACCGCCUGCCCCCUUCUGGCUGAGGGACGUACUACACUCGGAGAAUGUUUAACCAACACUAGUGGCUUUUUCAUAAUCAGACUCUUAACUUUGGGUUUCCAAAGGAAAUAUGACAUUAGAUAGAAUAUCUCAAUGUAUUUAAAUAGCUUUGAAAAUGGAGGGAGACAGCAAACAACAGGAUGGACCGUGCAAAACUGCACCUGUCUCUCUCCCUAGAUGAUUUAUUCCACCAAUAAUUUACCCAUUUUUACCAAUUAUAUACAUAUAUAUUUGACAGAAAAAAAGUAUAUAGAUAUAUGAAUAUAACACUUUUGUCAUAAAUAUAACUUAUAUAUGAUAUUAUAUAUAUAUAUAUAUAUAUAUAUAUAUAAAGACAAAAAAACACUCUUGAAAAUGAUUUUUGAUGGUUAUCCUUUUAUGAUGGACUGUAGCAUGAAACGUUACAUCACCAUACGGAAUGACGGUUGACUGGUUUGUUCGAUUUGCAUUGUACCACCCCCUUUUUUGCUUUGUUAUAGUUUUACAGAACCUGGUCUUCCAUCUUUAAUUGGGCUGUAACGGUGUGUUCAUGUUUGAGCCCUUCACACACACCGCUUUUGUCUGUUAUUCAUUUGUAGUUUUUUCGUAUGAAACAAAAACGCGUUCCCAGUGCAGUUACACACUUUCAUGCACACAACCACACCGGUUUCUUAUCCAAAUUUGAUCUAAAUGAGUCUUCUUAAUCUGGUAAUAAGAAAUUCCGAAUAAGAAACUCUGCAAUAAGUGUGCGUGCAAACAAGUGUGUGAACAAACGUGUGUGAGGUGUGCAUGACAGAACCACUGGGGGACGAGAAACAUCUGGAAUAUCGCAGCUCAUCUGGACGGUAACAACUGGUGUUCGACAUCUCAUUAAGAAACCAGAAGACAGAAUCUAUAAUUGUAAAAGUUUCCAACAUAUGGAUUAUAUGUUAACCUGCUGUAAGCACUGAAGCCUUUGGCUUAUUUGUUUUGGCCUUUUUUAUUUAUUUAUUUCUUUCUUUAUUUUUCUUUCUCCUCAUAGGUGGAUUUUGUAGCUUGUGAAAUAUGAUGCUUAGAAGAAUUUUUAUAAAUUCAUUUAGAAUGAAUUUUAGAAUGACAACUAGUUAAAAGAAGAAGCUGAGGACAAAAGAUUUCAUGAAAAAACAAUCAAUGAAAAAGAAGCCCAGAGAUCCUGCAGCUGUAUAUAUGGACAAAUGACUAAAAUAUUUGCUUUUUAUAUCAAUCACAAGCAAUGUAUAUACGAUAGUUUUCAUAUAAAUUUUUAAAAAUCAAAAAAUAUAUAGAUCUAUAUAUGAAUGUUUGGCAUAUAUGCAUAGUUAACCACCUGACAAAAAAGGUGAAAAUUUUACUCUUUGUAUGGAGUUCGGGGGUGAUUUGCACAAAACAAGGUGCUAGCAUUUCAAGCCAUUCAUUCCCACCUGUCCCAUUCAACCCUCCAUUAGGGCUCAACAGAUGCACAUUUAAACGAAACCUGGGACAUGCAAACACAGACACACAGACGCUCAUUUCUCUUCUGUGCACCAUCAGUCCUAUUUUUAAUACCCAACGUGUGUGUGUGUGUGUGUGUGUGUGUGUCAGACUGUGAGGGCAGAAAGAGUUAAUGCUUCACCAUUGGUCAUCUCUUCUCUUGCAUCUGAAAUCAGGCCGCACACAAAAACAGCCAAGGAUGACGAGACCUUCUCAGUGCAUCAUCAGAUGAGCACGGCAGUAACACUGUGUGGGAAAAAGCCCUUCUGUAGGAGCAGCCAGUAGAUGCCAUAUUUAUCUUGAGAUGAACGAAAAGAGAAGCUGUGAGGGAUUGAAGUACAGCCUGUUCACACUGCAGGUAAAUACAGAUGUCACUCCUCUUCUUUAUGCUGUUCUAGACACACUGUUUAAAUAUAGGAGUGACAUUCUAAACCUGAUUUCACUUGGGAUGCAAAAUCAAUUGUGAUUUUAGGCAUUACAACAGUAUAAUGUACAGAAUGAAAAAUAGAUUGUAUUUUCAUUCAUUUAUUACUGGUAAAUAAUAAUUUAAUUUUUUUCGGGGGGUGAAUCUUUUAGUCAGCAAAAAUGCAUUAAAUUGAUCAAAAGUGACAGUAAAGACAUUUAUAAUGUUACAAAGAUAUCUAUUUCAAAUAUUUCUAUUCAUCAAAGAAUCCAGUAUCACAGUUUCCACAGGAAAUAUUAAGUGGAAAAACUGUUUUCAACAUUGAUGAGCGGCAAAUCAGCAUAUUAAGAUGCUUUCUGAAGGAUCAUGUGACACUGACUGGAGUAAUGAUGCUGAAAAUCCAGCUUUGCGCCACAGGAAUAAAUUAAACUUUAAAAUCUAUUAAAAUAGCAAAACUGUAAUAAAAUUCAUGUUUUUACUACAUGUUUUGAUCCCAAAAAUGCAGCUUUAGUGAGUGUUCUAUUUAAAUGAAUUAAAUAGUUUUAAUGAAUAUUAAUAUUGAUCAAUAUUAAUAAAUUAAAAAUCUACUGAUAUGGUAUCGGUAGUGUCUCAAAGACAUUUAUAUUCAUUUUUUCCUCUGAUUUGCAUUUAAAAUAUACAAAUUUCCAGCAUAAAAUAAGGGUUUUAAAAAUCAAAUGUGACUUGUGACCUUAAAACAGUACUAAAUUGAACAGACUGUACUUUUAUCACCUCAUAGCUUCAUUUCUGUUCUGUAAAUAUGGUGGUUGUUCGGAUUAAAUUUUAUUCUCCCAUCCUAGAUGAAGACUAGUUACUAUUUAGCUCAUUAACAGAGAUCCUGACCUCCCCUCCUAAAGCAGCCGCUCUGCGUUAAACCGUCAGUCUGUUUGACUGUACAAGGGCUUGAAUGAAGGUGUUGAGGGGCCGUUUGGAGUCGGGCCCCAAGAUAACUGUGAAUUACUAACUACACAUGUCCUCCAAUGCAGAUGAGCCCUGGAAAAAUACACACAGAUUCCUUCAUCCCACUUCGUUUUUUUUACAUAAAAUCUUACGGAAACGCUCGAGUUUUGAUUUAGAGAUGACCUAUUUAAUUUCCCAUCCCGCUAAAAAAAUCAUGUCCCUUUUUUCAGUUCAUCCAGAAGAACAAAAGCAAGCGUGCGUAUGUUUUUGUGAAUGUCGUCCCACUCUGGAGACUUGGAACUGCAUUUCUGAGCCAUAUGUACCACAGUUUUCCAUCAUUUUCAUGAUAUUGAUUUUGUCAUGUACAUUACAUUAUAGUUGUUCUUGCAGGAGAUGAAAGGACAUGAAGAAAAAUGAACAAAUGUGCCAAAAAGUAUUUAGCGUUUUUUUUUUUCUUUGAGGUUUGUAGGAACUAAACGCUGUUUGAACCAGCACUAUGGUGCCACCUCCUGGAAAUCUUGAGACAUCUCCUAUUUUCUUUUGCUCUCUUUUGUUUCCCCAAAUAUAGGAGUUUAUAUACAUUUGAAUGUUUUUCAACGAUUUCCAUAUGUGGCCCAAUUCAUUGAGUUUCAUGGGCACAUUCAUGUCUGGGUUUAAUGGUCUGUUCUGUUUGGCUUGAAUUCCAGUAAGUCAAUUAGUGACUGACUUGCACAUUCGGUGGACGCUCUCCCUGACCUUUGCCCUUUACUCUCUCCCAAUGUAGCGCAGACAUCAGGGGUUCUGCAUAUUUAACCAGAAUGAAAAUUGCAAUUGAUUUCUUUGUAAUUUUACUCGACCAAUGGCAGGACUAAACAUGAAAUAAAACACAUCAUUUACAUGACUACAGUAUGUUCUAUAGGGUUGUCCAUCUUGUUUUCUGACCAACAAAAGCACAAUAAAAAUGGCAAGAAAUGCAGUAUAUACUGCUUUAAUGAG